AUGUCAAACAUUACUGACCCCAAUAAUGAUCCUAAUAUCGGUUCUGCCCAAAGCAAUGCAUCAUCUACAUCGGGGGAUGCUGUCAGCAGCCUUACUGGCGAAAGUGGAUCGUCAGCCACGGCGCUGAUGAUGACCUUAUUGCCAGCGUUGGUCUAUGCUAUUUUCUGGGUUGCUAUUUUCCUCAUCUUCCGACGGACGCAGCGUCGAUGGUAUGCACCAAGAUCGCAUCUUCCAGAUAUCCACGAGCAUCGGCGAAGCCCAGAACUGCCCUCCGGCUGGGUGAACUGGCUUGGUACGUUUCUCAAGAUUGAAGACAAUCAUGUCUUGCACCACUCAUCGCUGGAUGGAUAUCUAUUUUUACGAUUCUUGCGUGUGAUGUGCGCAACAUGCUUCACAGGCUGCCUGAUUACCUGGCCCAUUCUGUUCCCCAUCCAUGCAACGGGUGGAAACGGGAACGGUCAACUCGACAUACUCAGCUUCAGUAACGUCGCAGACCCUAAAAAAUAUUAUGCUAAUGUGUUCGUUGCUAUCGUUUAUUUCAGUAAGUUUUCACCUUCAAUGCUGCCUCCAUGGAAAUUUGCUUAUGGUGUCGUAGCAUUUGUAUUCUACGUCGUGACCCGUGAGAGUCUCUAUUAUGCGAAUUUACGACAAGCCUAUCUCAACUCUCCGGAAUAUGCCUCUCGGAUCUCGUCACGGACAGUUCUAUUCAUGUCAACUCCAGGCGAUUAUCAGAACGAGAAGAAGUUGCGACAGAUUUUCGGGGAUUCUAUCCGCCGACUCUGGGUCACAUCUGACUGCGACAAGUUGGAGAAGAUGGUGAAUGAACGCGAUAAGCUUGCAUUCAAAUUAGAAACCACCGAAACUAGACUCAUCCGAGCGGCAAAUAAGGCUCGAGUAAAGGCGAUCAAGAAUGGUGAAUUUUCAUCAGAUACCUGCCUCGAUUGCGAGUCAAGUAAUCCUGCUGGGUCCCACAAAAUCAAACGGCCAACCCAUCGACUGAAGCUUUUCGGAAAGAAAGUGGACUCGAUCCAUUGGUAUCGGUCGGAGCUGGUCAAGAUCAGUGAAGCGGUGUCAAUUCUUCAGAAGAAACACCAGGAUGGCGAGGCGAAACAUCUAUCGGCAAUAUUUAUCGAGUUUAAUUCUCAAUCCGACGCCCAGGUCGCUCUGCAGACUUUGUCUCACCAUCAGCCUUUUCAUAUGACGCCUCGUUUUAUUGGCGUCUCGCCGCAUGAAGUUGUAUGGUCUGCUAUCAAUCUCAGUUGGUGGCAACGAAUUAUUCGGAAAUUUGCAGUACAAGGGGGCCUUGCUGCCCUGGUAAUCUUCUGGUCAUUCCCUGCUGCCAUUGUUGGAACGAUCUCCAAUAUCUCAUAUCUCGCCAAUCUCCUCCCUUUCCUCGGAUUUAUUGAGGACUUGCCGGAGGUUAUCAAGGGUGCAAUUGAAGGAUUGCUACCACGAGCCGGGGUGCCAUCCACGGCUAGAGUUGAGCUAUUCACACAGAGUGCGCAUUUCGUUUUCCAAGUAGUGCAGGUAUUCUUGGUCACAACAUUGACCUCGGCUGCAUCCGCAGCGACGUCGCAAAUCAUUAAAGAUCCUCUUUCAGCGAAGGAUCUUCUAGCUCAGAACUUGCCCAAAGCCACCAACUUCUACGUCUCAUACUUUUUGCUUCAAGGCUUGAGUACAAGCUCUCUAGCGCUAGUACAAAUUGCAAGCGCUCUUGUGUUCAAAUUUGUCACCACAUUCUUCGCCUUUUCUCCGCGUCGCCUGUUCAGACGAUGGGCUGAGCUUGGUAGCCUGAGCUGGGGUAAUGUGUUCCCGGUCUUCACCAACAUGGGAGUGAUCGCUUUGACCUACUCGUGUAUUGCACCUUUAAUCUUGGGGUUUGCCUUUAUUGGCCUAUAUCUCGUCUAUCAGGCCUAUCGCUACAACUUCUUGUUUGUCUAUGAAAUCGACGUCGACACGAAAGGCCUAGUAUACCCGCGUGCUCUGCAGCAUCUCUUAACGGGUAUUUACCUCGCCGAAAUCUGCAUGAUCGGUCUUUUCGCCAUCAAAGGGGCAAUUGGCCCAGUGGUUAUCAUGCUACUCUUUACCAUCGGCACCGUUCUAGCCCACAUGUCACUCAAUGAAGCCUUGGCUCCACUGAACACAUUUCUCCCACGGUCUCUGGAUGCGGAAGAAGAACUCAUUCAAGAGAAAAGAGGAUGCUAUCGCCGAGAUCAACGAGCAGCGUCGCCCGCGGCUCUUGGCUUUCUGGAAAUGGUUCCAUCCAAAUACUAUGCUGAAAUACGUCGCAAGGUGCGUCGCAAUGUUGCAGAGGUCGAAUAUACCGAGGAAGAGAUUCGCACCGCCUACUUCGAACCAUGUAUUGCCGCUCCUGCUCCGACGCUCUGGAUCCCGCGGGAUAGGUGGGGAUUUAGUCGACACGAGGUGAUUGAAACAGACCCUGCGAUCAAAAUCACGGAUGAAGGAGCACAUCUCAACGAGAAGAACAAAAUCGUGUGGGAUAAGUAUGAUCCUGAUCUUCCUCUCCGGGAACUGAAGACUCCGUAUUGA